AUGAAUAAUUCAUCAAGUCCAUCGAUAGAACCAUCUACUACUAAAGUUGUUUUCACUGCCGCUCGUUCUCGUCUAGUACGUGCUGUUCGUGAACUGAAUCUUUACUCUGAUCAUCCAUUUUGGUCACCGACGCUUACUUAUGCUGAACAAUUGCUUAACACUCGACUUUUUAUCUUUUUUGUCUCUAUUUCUCUACUGAUAGUCAUUAUUUGUACUAGUUUAAAUAUUCGAACACACGAAGUCACUCUCGAACGGUUUACUCUCAAUAAAUUUGAACAACUCGAAGCUCUUCAUCCAUUCUCCAUCAACGUACCUUGUACUCAACUAUCUAUUCCUUAUAAUAAAUUCAUCAAUUUAUCUGCACAAUUUCAUCAAGUUUGCUCCAGUCCAUUUAUUAGUCAAAAAUGGAUAUCUUCUCUCUUUCUUCCAAAUGCCACAUCCCAUCAUCUUCUCGAUUUUCGUACAUUUACUUUUGCUCAAUUUCGAACUCUUGCUCUAUUUUGUCGUACGGCACGUCGUGCUGUCACUGAUGCUCAACACGCAUUUGCUUCUACGCAUCUAGUGACUAGUCAUGCUCUUUCUCGCGCACACUUCCUCAAGAUUAUGGAUGUUAUAGUCACGAAUUUUAAACAUCAAGUAAAGGCUAAUGAACGACGAACAGCAGCAUUCGUAUCAUUAAGUAUAGCAGAGAAUCGAGUAUUCUCAGCAUUGCGUACAAAUUAUUAUGUUCAAUCGGUGCCUAGUUCACGUUCUUAUUUAACAAUUAAUGGUGUCUAUGCAAAGAAGAAUACAACAGUGGAAUCAAACUGUUUUUGUCGAUUAGAAGGAAAUCGAUGCAUUUCUCCAACGGGUAUUUUUGACAAAUGGACGCCGCCAGUUUCACUCACUUCAACAGAAUCGAUAUUGACGCCUCGUAUUCAGAUUCCAGGUCUGAUGGCCGGUUGUCUUCCAUUUGAUUCCAUGCGUCAAUCAACACUUGAAUGUCUUUACAAUCAAUCAUGUGUUAAUAUAUUAACCCUUCAGCCUCAAUUGUCUCGACCGAAAGCUUUAAAUGCUUCUAUAUCCAGAUUUCUUGUCAAUGAAACGAUCGAAUCAAUGUUCGAUCAAUCACUUUUCCUUGAAUCAUGGCACAGUACGCCCAAUUUUGAAAAAUAUUUUUCUGCUUGUGCACCUCGAUCGCUCUCCUAUAGUUACGAAGAUCGGUUUUAUUUUUCUACAAUCUUUACUAUAUGUGUUAGUGCGUUUGGUGGUCUUAUUCUUGCUUGGCAAUUAAUUACACCAGCUAUUGUGAAAGUUUGGAAACGAAUAAUAUGGAAAAGACGACAAAGACAUCCAACUAUACCAUUACAAUCAAGAAGUAUUGAAGCGGCUAUUCUAAGUGUAGCACCCAGACCACUCAAUGAAGCUGUGGUCGCUCAUGCUCAUCAAACAAUAUAUACAUUCAAUUUAUUUUCAUCAGAUGAUGAUAAUGAUCCAGAAGAAGAACGUGUAGGUAUCAUUGCCACUCGUUUAUAUAUCCUCUUCUUACUACUUGGUCUUCUUAUUUUGGGUUUUUAUACUUCUGUAACGACGCAUACAGAUAUCGAUAAUAUUCCUUUUCCUACUCUCGAAAAGUUUGAAGAAUUGCACUCUAUGUACUCGUCUUCUCUCGAAUGUCCAUGUACACAUAUGUCUAUGUCCUACGCUCGAAUUAUGUCUAUUAUUCCACGCUAUCAUUCAGUGUGCUCAAGUGAAUUUCUCGAAGACUAUUGGCUAUCCUAUUUCGGUCUAGUUCACCUUGAUGGGACAUCAAAUACGUUUCUUACUUCUGAUUUUCGAGUUAGUGGUCAAUCAUUUUUCGAGUUACUGAAUAUUUUCUGUAAAGCAGCAAAUGAAACAGUUCAGAAUGCACUCGAUGUUUUCCGUUCUACUCGUUUAUUUACAGCUCAUACGAUAUCACGUGAGGAAUUUCAUCUUCAAACAUCUACACGUAUGCAACAAUUUGAACAAUAUAUUAUUUCCUCAUUUCUCAAUAUUGCCGAAUUAGUACAUUCUUCUAUUGAAACUAAUCGUCUAAUUACUGAAAUGUUAACGAGUGAUGCACCUAAAUCAAACUUCAAUAAUCAAACAUCGACAUGGUCUCUUGGUUUUCGACCUCGACGUCUCUAUACUAAUUCUUGUUCAUGUGCUUUAUCGAAUCAAUGUACACGUCCAAUUGGUUUCUACCUACAAUCAGAUACAGUUCGCUCUCAACCUAACGUCACUAUAUCUGGAUUACUUGUUGGUUGUUAUCCAAUCGAUUCUUUUCUUCUAUCUACUUUAGAAUGUUUGUAUGAUCGACAAUGCCUUAAACUCAUAGUUGACAUGUAUGAUUUUGAUGUCGUCAAUUUAGUUCAACCAUUAGACAAACGUGUUCUUAAUAUUUCACCUCUUCAUUAUGAAAGCAGUCGUUUUCAUCCGAAUAAUACUAUGAAAAUGAUUUAUUCACAAUUAUUCGUAGAAGAAUGGAUGACUUCCAGUGAUUAUAUAAAUUAUUAUAUACGUUGUGCACCUACACAAUGUACAUACAAAGUUAUGCGACGUUUCGACAUACCUUACAUGGUAACGAUUAUGCUCGGCUUCUGUGGUGGACUUAGUGUGGUUUUAGAAGUUAUUCUACCACCAAUAGUUAAAAUUAUAAGACAAUGUUGGAAAAAGCGAAUACAACAUCCAGAAAGACAAAUCAACACUACGGUAAUAAAAAAUACUUCUGUUAAUGCCAAUAAUGAAGAAGAACUUCGUCCUGUUUCCAAUGUUUUUCAAAGGUUUUGGUCAUUUAAUUUAUUUUCAUCCGAAAUACUUUCAACUGACAAACAACUCGAGCAUCAGGAAAUCGUGGCUACCCGUAUCUAUUUUCUUCUAAUUUUCUUUUGUCUCGUCAGCGCUUUUCUUUAUGCUAGUCCAUUUACUGAAGAAAUAGACACAACGAUAAUUGCCUUACCUACAUCUGAUAUUGUCAAUAAUUUGCAUGCUAAAAAUAUUUCAACUCUUUCUUGUCCUUGUUCAACCGCAGCAGUUAGUUACUCUAAAUUUCUCCGCAUUAUACCUCAUUACCAUCCAAUCUGUUCUAGUCAACUUACUUCACCUUCUUAUUGGUUUCAUUUCUUCAACAAAACUGAUGAUGUAUCCUUACAACUUAGUGCUCAAUAUCGACUCUUAGCAUCUUUAUGUAAUGUAUCUCGCGAUAUCAUUGAAAACAGAAUUGACAUAUUUGGUACACGUGAAUUAAUUAGUAUAGAAACAGCUACACGUUCUUCAUUUUAUGCACAAACCAAUGCACUUGUUACGACGUUUAUUACUCGAAUUCCAGCUGACUUUCGUCGAACACUUUCAUUCACCAUCGAUUCAUUUGGAGCUAAUCAAUUAUUAAAUGUUUUCUCGAGUAAUUGGCAAGUAAGAUUUACUAGUGAAAAUGAAUAUUAUCUGAUUGGUACCCAUCCACGUCGUUUUUCUUCAUCGAACUGUAGUUGUGCUACGUCAUCUGAUUGUCGUGAACAACUUGCAGAAAAUGUAUUUAGUGGUUGUUUUAUAUUUGAUGGAUUUCGUUUAUCGAAAUUUGAAAACUUUUCCAUGACACCAUUGAUCAAUAAGCUCUUUGUAGAAUCGUGGCAAAAUGAAAGUAAUUAUACAGCGUAUUUUGAAACAUGUCGACCAAUGGAAUGUCGAUAUACACUACCCGAUCGGAACAAUUUUAUUUAUAUUUUGACAACUGUUUUAGGUGUAUAUGCAGGUUUGAGAUAUGCUCUUUAUCUCAUCAUUGGUCAAAUUCUACUCGGUUAUCGAUGGUGGACUAAACAUAUUCGUCGACGACAACAAAUGGAAAUUACUGGAACUGAACCGAUGACCUUGUGA